AUGAAAAAGAAGAUAGGUAUAGUUUAUUUGUUUUUAGGUAUGUGGUCUGGUUUUGUAGGGUUGGGACUUAGUAUGAUAAUUCGUUUGAAUUUAAUGAGUCCUUAUCAUAAAAUCAUUUCGACUGAGUUAUAUAAAUUUACGAUAACUAGACACGGAAUCGUAAUGAUUUUUUUCUUUUUGAUGCCUGUGUUAAUUGGCGGGUUUGGUAACAUUUUGCUACCAAUAUUCACACGGCAGGGUGAUAUGAAGCUUCUGCGAAUUAAUUCUUUUAGUCUUUGA